CGGGAAGGAAUUCCCCCUCUCGGCUAGGGCUCCGAGAGGGGGCUGCGCGCGGAGGCUCCCACCACUCCCCGGGGCCGGAGGCGAAGGGUGUUGGUGCCAGAAGAAAAGAAUGAUUGAUGGGAAGCAGACACCGAGCUAUAGACACUCAUCCUUUUGCUUCAGAUACUGAUACCUCAGUGCGCCUGAGCAACCCUUAUGAGCCGUGAGCAUCUAGGAUCACCCAGGGUUAUUGGAUGUACAAUAGGAGAGCCAUCAUUUUGCUAAAUCAUUAUCUGCUGCUGGACAUCUUUUACAAAAACCAAACUAGACCCAAGUCUAAUAGAUACGUUCUAAGACAAUGAAAAAGCUGCAAGUUGUUGCUAAUGCCUAAUGCACAAGUAUGCUAGGUUUCCACCAAAGUCCUCAAUAUACCUGAACACGUGCAAUAUCCGAAUCCUUCACUUUUAGUUUUGGAAUCUACUUUGAAGUCUCAUCCUCUUUUUUUUUUUUUUUUUUUUUGUUAAAGAUACAAACCUACCUACGUAUAGACAUACAUGUAUAUAUAAAAUAGAGACCACAGAUAAGCAAACCCGGCUUUUGUUACCACGAAGAUUGCCAAGAAUUUAGAGAUGUAUUUGUCAAGAUUCCUGUCAAUUCAUGCCCUUUGGGUUACAGUGUCCUCAGUGAUGCAGCCCUACCCUUUGGUGUGGGGACAUUAUGAUGUGUGUAAGACUCAGAUUUACACAGAAGAAGGGAAAGUUUGGGAUUAUAUGGCCUGUCAGCCGGAAUCCACAGACAUGACAAAAUAUCUGAAAGUGAAACUGGAUCCUCCGGACAUUACCUGUGGAGACCCUCCUGAGACGUUCUGCGCAAUGGGCAACCCCUACAUGUGCAAUAAUGAGUGUGAUGCAAGUACCCCGGAGCUGGCACAUCCACCUGAGCUGAUGUUUGAUUUUGAAGGAAGACAUCCCUCUACAUUUUGGCAGUCUGCUACUUGGAAAGAGUAUCCCAAGCCUCUCCAGGUUAACAUCACUCUGUCUUGGAGCAAAACUAUUGAGCUCACAGACAACAUAGUUAUUACCUUUGAAUCGGGGCGUCCAGACCAAAUGAUCCUGGAGAAAUCUCUUGAUUAUGGACGAACAUGGCAGCCCUAUCAGUAUUAUGCCACAGACUGCUUAGAUGCUUUCCACAUGGAUCCUAAAUCCGUGAAGGAUUUAUCACAGCAUACGGUCUUAGAAAUCAUUUGCACAGAAGAGUACUCCACAGGGUAUAUGACAAAUAGCAAAAUAAUCCACUUUGAAAUCAAAGAUAGGUUCGCGUUUUUUGCCGGACCUUGGCUACGCAAUAUGGCAUCCCUCUACGGACAACUGGAUACAACCAAGAAACUCAGAGAUUUCUUCACUGUCACAGACCUGAGGAUAAGGCUUUUGAGACCUGCCGUUGGGGAAAUAUUUGUAGAUGAGCUACACUUGGCACGCUACUUUUACGCCAUCUCAGACAUAAAGGUUCACGGAAGGUGCAAAUGUAAUCUCCAUGCCACUGUGUGUGUGUAUGACAACAGCAAAUUGACCUGUGAAUGUGAGCACAACACUACAGGUCCAGACUGUGGGAAAUGCAAGAAGAAUUAUCAGGGCCGACCUUGGAGUCCAGGCUCGUAUCUCCCCAUCCCCAAAGGCACUGCAAAUACCUGUAUCCCCAGUAUUUCCAGUAUUGGCAAUUGUGAAUGCUUCGGCCACUCCAAUCGAUGCAGUUAUAUCGAUCUGCUAAAUACAGUCAUUUGCGUGAGCUGUAAACACAACACUAGAGGGCAGCACUGUGAGUUAUGCAGGCUGGGCUACUUCAGAAAUGCUUCUGCACAGCUGGACGAUGAGAAUGUGUGCAUAGAGUGUUAUUGUAACCCUUUGGGCUCAGUCCAUGAUCGUUGUAAUGGCUCAGGAUUUUGUGAGUGUAAGACUGGAACAACAGGGCCUAAGUGUGAUGAGUGUCUGCCGGGAAAUUCCUGGCACUACGGCUGUCAACCGAAUGUCUGCGACAACGAGCUCCUGCACUGCCAGAACGGAGGGACGUGCCACAACAACGUGCGCUGCCUGUGCCCCGCCGCGUACACGGGCAUCCUGUGCGAGAAGCUGCGCUGUGAGGAAGCGGGCAGCUGCGGCUCCGACUCGGGCCAGGGCGCGCCCCCGCGCGGCUCCCCCGCGCUACUGCUGCCGCUGGCCGCUCUGCUGGGGACAGCCGGCCCCCUGGGGAUCUAGGCGGCGCAUCCAGCCACCAGACGGGUCCGGCCGUGGGGAAGCAAACACAGCCCCAGCAUUCGCUACUAACAUAGGAAACCCACCCUCAGACACCCCCCGACUCAAACACAGUGUACAAACUAAGAAGGCCCAACUGAGCUAAGCCAUAUAUAACAGCCGUGGACAGCACACCGGAGUCAAGACUGGUAAUUUCCGACUCCAGAGGCGUUGGCAGCUGUUGAUAUUAUCCCUGCAAAUCACAUUGCCCGCUGCAGAGCUUAUCGCCGAUUGGAAAGGCUGUGACAGACCCCCAAAAGGAAAGACAAAACAACAACAACAACAACAAAUCAACCAACCUAAAAACAUUUGCUACUCGCACGUGGUGUGCCCCCCGCACCACUCGGCCCCGUGUGUGAACCAACCAAACUGAAGCAUCCUUUACUGGCAGUGCAUUGUGGGUCUAAGGAAGUGUGUUACAAGCUGCCAUAUUGGCCUGCUUCAGUCCCUGAACCCCUUCCAACCUGUGCUUUGGUGAACGUUGCUCUGUAACCCUUGUUGGUUGAAAGAUUUCUUUGUCUGAUGUUAGUAAUGCACAUGUGUAACAGCCCCCUUCAAAAGCUCAAGCCAGUCGUACCCCGUAUAUCUUAGCAGCACUGGGUCCACCCAGUGAGAGCACACAUCCACUGUCCAAGAGUGGCUGUAGGAAAAAAAGAAAGUGUAUCUAUCCUUUUGUAUUCAAAUGAAGUUAUUUUUCUUGAAAUACUGUAAUAUGUAGAUUUUUUGUAUUCUUGCCAAUUUGUGUUACCAGACAAUCUGUUAAUGUAUCUAAUUCGAAUCAGCAAAGACUGACAUUUUAUUUUGUCCUCUUUCCUUCUAUUUUGUUUCCUUGUGCAGAGAUUUCUCUGUAAGGGCAACGAACUUGCUGGCAUCAAAGAAUAUCAGUUUACAUAUAUAACAAGUGUAAUAAGAUUCCACCAAAGGACAUUCUAAGUGUUUUCUUGUUGCUUUAACACUGGAAAAUUUAAAGAAUAAAAAUUCCUGCAUAAACGAUUUCAGGAAUUUGUAUUGCGAUUUCUUAAGAUGAAAGGAACAGCCAGAUUCACACUCACUUUACUGAUUUCUAUGUGGACUGAAUACACUCAGCUGUUGAAUUUAGUACCCAGAAAGGUGGAUUGGUGUUCACUAGCUCGGACAACUUCUGCAAAAUACGAGACUAUUUCCACUUGGGAAAAAUUAUAACAGCAAAAAAAAAAAAAAAAAAAAUCUAAGUGAUUGCCAAGAUUAUGCCAAAGCCUGUUGGCAGAGUACUAAGAGAUUUUUAUUUUUAAGUCAUGCUAUUUUCACAGAUUGAUGUGAUCAUGUGAUUCUAGGGAUGCUGAUCUAUGUAUCUUUCCAAUUACAGUGUUUACAUGGCGUAUCAUAAGAGGCAACCUGGGGAACCAGGAAAGUCGCAGGGAAAUUGAGUGAUUAGCAAUCUGACUUUGAAUAUAUUCAGACUAAGUAUUUACAGAAAUAUCAAAAUAUACAGCAGCAAGUAGCCAUAACUGCUGUUCCUGAGAAUAAACUUUGUUUUAAGUACUGC